UUUUUUCUUUCUUCUGUCAAUGAGCGACCAGAAGGAAGAGCUGCCGACCGUUGGCAGCGUGCCUCACUUGGCCUCGACCUCAACUGGCGCCUCGACUUCAGCAUCAUCGUCAUCAUCAUCUUCAACUGCAUCGUCGUCGUCGUCGGACGCUGUGAAGGCUGCUGUUGCUGACGCUGUCGCCCAAGCCGCCGAGCACCCGCCGAUGAGCGCCGAGCAGGCAGCCACCCAGCCGUCGUCCCUCGCCAACCUCUCCCAGGAUCAGCUCGCUGCAAUGAUCCAAUUGCUCAAUCUCGACGGAAAGGGCAAAGCAAAGGAGCAGGACAAGGAGCACAAGUUCUGGAAGACCCAGCCAGUGCUGCAAUACGACCAAAGCUCGGACGCGGUCGAGCCCAUCGAGCCCGACAAUGCAAACAUCCGCCAAGAGCCCUACCCAAUCCCUGCUGACUUUGAGUGGGUGACGUUGGACUUGCUGAAGGAGGACCAGUUGUCCGAGUUGUACAAUCUUCUCAAUGAAAACUACGUGGAAGAUGACGACAACAUGUUCCGCUUUGACUACUCUCGCGAGUUCUUGCGAUGGGCCCUGCUCCCUCCGGGCUGGAAGCCCAUCUGGCACGCCGGUGUUCGUGCUUCGAAGAGCCGCAAGCUUGUUGCCUUCAUCUCGGCCAUCCCCGCGACGCUCAAGGUCAAGGACCGCGUCCAGCCGCUCGUUGAAAUCAACUUCCUUUGCGUCCACAAGAAGCUGCGCACGAAGCGCCUUGCACCGGUUCUCAUCAAGGAGAUUACCCGUCGAGUCCACCUCCAGGGUCUGUUCCAAGCCGUGUACACGGCGGGCGUCGUUCUGCCCAAGCCGUUCAGCACUUGCCGCUACUGGCACCGCUCGCUCAACCCCAAGAAGCUGAUCGAUAUCGGCUUUUCCCAUCUUGGGCGCAACAUGACGUUGGCGCGCACUAUCAAGCGCUACAAGGUCGCUGAGCAGCCCACCACUGCUGGGUUGCGGUUGAUGAAGGCUGCGGACGUCCCCUCCGCCUUCCGUGUGCUCUCGACCUAUCUCGAGCGUUUUGCCAUCAAGACCGUCUACACUGAGGAGGAGUUUGUUCAUUGGUUCCUUCCGCGCAACAAUGUCAUCAGCACCUAUGUUGUCGAGAACUCCAAGCAUGAAAUCACCGACCUCGUCUGCUGGUACACGCUUCCCUCAACGAUCGUCAACAACCCCAACUACUCAAACUUGAAGGCUGCAUACAGCUACUACACUGUUGCCAACACAGUGCCGUUCGAGCAGCUUUUGAGCGAUGCUCUUAUUCUCGCAAAGAACGAGGAGUUUGAUGUUUUCAACGCCCUCGAUCUCAUGCAAAAUGCACCAGUCUUUGAAAACCUCAAGUUCGGCAUCGGCGAUGGCCAGCUUCGCUACUACUUUUACAACCUCAAGUGCCCCGAAGUCCAGCCCAGCGAGCUCGCGUUGGUUUUGUUGUAGAGGUGCAUUGAGGGGAUGUGCUGCACUGGUCAUAAUACAGCCUUUUGCUUCUUU